GUGCUGGUGUUGGGAGGCCCAGCUGCGCACAGCUGUAGGCGAUAUUGGCCGCUGGACGCGACUACGCAAUAGAGAUCAUCACCGAGCAGCCGCAGCCAACCCUUUGAGUUGUAAUUACUCGCGGCAGAGAGCGGACUGUUUACGUUGCCUAAAUAAAAGCAUAGGCUCUGUGCAGCCUGGGGCCUGUGACUUUAUGUCCACGAAACGCAAAACCCCGGACGCGCCGCGCGCGAUCAAGGCUGGCGACCCCGUGCGCCGCGAGCCGCGAGCAGAAAAAACGGACGAGGCGGCGGUGCCCGAGUUCGCGGCGCUCGACGCCGCCGCGGAGGGGAGAGUGGAGUACCGCAAGGUGCGCGUCCCGGCGCACCGCUACACGCCGCUGCGCAAGGCCUGGCCCCAGAUCGUGACGCCUUUGGUAGAACAGCUCAAGCUGCAGGUGCGCUUCAAUCCUCGAUCUAGAUGUGUUGAACUGCGGUCGGCACCCACAACGCCGGACGCGGGCGCCGUGCAGAAGGGCGCGGACUUUGUCGCGGCCUUCGCGCUGGGUUUUGAAGUGGCCGACGCGCUCGCUUUAUUGAGACUCGAGGACCUGUUCGUCGACUCGUUCGAGGUGAAGGACGUGAAGAUCCUGCGGGGGGACCACCUGAGUCGCGCGGUGGGACGCAUCGCGGGCGCCGACGGCAAGACGCGGCACGCGAUCGAGAACGCGACGCGGACGCGCGUCGUGGUCGCGGGCACGCACGUGCACGUGCUCGGCUCGGCGCAGAACAUCAAGGUCGCGCGCGACGCCAUCUGCGACCUGAUCAUCGGCGCGCCGCCGGGCAAGGUGUACAACCGCAUGCGCACCGUCGCGAAGCGGCUGCACUCGCGGUUAUAAGGGAGGUUUGUGGUUUUC